AAAAAACGUCUCAGAAAGAGGAAGAAGUGUCCGGGGAGGGAAGAAGAACAAGAUGGGGAUGGAUUUCAGCACUCUUCGGACCCUCAUCAGCAGAUAUUGUGCUGGUGAGGAGAACUGGGUGGACAGCAGGACGAUUUACAUCGGACACAAGGAGCCUCCUCCAGGAACUGAGGCCUAUAUACCACAAAGAUUCCCUGACAACAGAAUAGUUUCUUCCAAGUACACAUUUUGGAACUUCAUCCCAAAGAAUAUGUUUGAGCAGUUCAGGAGAAUUGCCAAUUUCUACUUUCUCAUCAUAUUUCUGGUUCAGUUGAUCAUCGACACUCCCACCAGUCCAAUCACCAGUGGACUGCCGCUCUUCUUUGUCAUCACAGUCACCGCCAUCAAACAGGGAUAUGAAGACUGGUUGAGACACAAAGCAGACAACUCUGUCAAUCAGUGUCCUGUCCAUGUGGUGCAGCAUGGGAAAGUGGUCCGCAAACAAAGUCGCAAGCUCAGGGUCGGGGAUGUCGUCUAUAUGAAAGAAGAUGAGACUUUUCCCUGCGAUCUCAUCCUUCUCUCCUCGUCUCGAGAUGAUGGGACCUGCUUUGUUACUACAGCCAGUCUGGACGGAGAGAGCAGCCAUAAGACAUACUAUGCUGUUCAGGACACCAAAGCUUACAACACAGAGCAGGAAGUAGAAACUAUCCACGCUACCAUAGAGUGUGAACAACCACAGCCAGACCUGUACAAAUUUGUGGGACGUGUCAACAUCUACAUGGACAGUGAGGCAGUGGCCAGGCCUUUAGGAUCAGAGAACCUGCUGCUGCGAGGAGCCACACUCAAGAACACUGAGUACAUCUAUGCGGUUGCCAUCUACACUGGUAUGGAGACCAAGAUGGCUCUCAACUACCAGUCCAAGUCUCAGAAACGGUCCGCAGUAGAAAAGUCGAUGAAUGCCUACCUCGUGGUCUACCUGUGCAUUCUCAUCAGCAAAGCUCUCAUCAACACAGCGCUGAAAUAUGUGUGGCAGGCUGACCCCAACAGAGACGAGCCCUGGUACAACGACAGAACCGAGGCAGAAAAAGAAAGACACAUCUUGAUAAGGGCGUUCACAGACUUUCUGGCCUUCAUGGUUCUUUUCAACUACAUCAUUCCCGUCUCGAUGUACGUCACCGUGGAGAUGCAGAAGUUCCUGGGCUCCUACUUCAUCAUGUGGGACGACGAGAUGUUUGACGAGGAGCUGGGGGAGAGAGCUGUGGUCAACACCUCGGACCUGAAUGAGGAGCUGGGACAGGUGGAGUAUGUGUUUACUGACAAGACAGGGACCCUGACAGAGAACAAUAUGGAGUUCAUAGAGUGCUGUGUGGACGGGCACGUUUACGUAGCUGACGCUAUCUGCAACGGACAGGUGAUGCCCGGUGCAGCUAGUAUGGACAUGAUAGACACAUCACCAGGUCCUGGGGCCAGGGAACAUGAGGAGUUGUUUUUCCGGGCGCUGUGUUUGUGCCACACAGUGCAGGUGAAAGAGGAGGAGACAGUGGACGGGAUCAAGCACGGCAUCCACCAGGGCAAAUCAACCUCCUUCUACAUUUCCUCAUCUCCAGAUGAGGUGGCGCUGGUGGAGGGCAUGAAAAGGCUCGGCUUCACCUAUCUGAGACUCAAGGACAGUCACAUGGAGAUCUUGAAUAGGGAGGAUGAGAUUGAGAGGUUUGAGCUGCUGGAAGUUUUGACCUUUGACUCAGUCAGACGGAGGAUGAGCGUCAUUGUCAGGGCCAGCACUGGUGAGCUGUAUCUGUUCUGUAAAGGUGCAGACUCCUCCAUCUUCCCAAGGGUUAUAUCAGGAAAGGUGGAUCAGGUCAAAGCUCGGGUGGAGCACAACGCAGUGGAGGGUCUGAGGACACUUUGUGUUGCCUAUCGACCUCUGAGUCCUGAACAGUACCAGGAAGUUUGCCACCUGCUGAGCGGGGCAAAGUUGGCUCUACAGGACCGUGACAAACGUCUGGCCGAAGCAUAUGACAUCAUCGAGAAAGACCUGAUACUGCUGGGAGCCACUGCUGUGGAAGACAGGCUCCAGGAAAAAGCAGCAGACACCAUCGAGUCUCUCCACAAGGCCGGCAUGAAGGUGUGGGUGCUGACCGGUGAUAAGAUGGAGACGGCGGCUGCGACCUGUUACGCCAGCAAGCUGUUUCACCGCAACACCCAGAUCCUGGAGCUGACCACCAAACGCACCGAGGAGCAGAGCCUUCAUGAUGUCCUGUUUGACCUCAGUAGGACGGUCCUGAGGCAGCAUGGAGGCAUGAACAGGGACGUCUUCUCUGGUUUGUCAGGUGACUGCACUGACUACGGUCUGAUCAUCGAUGGAGCCACCCUCUCUGCAGUGAUGAAGCCCGGCCAGGAGGACUCAAACUCAGGGAACUACAAAGAGAUCUUCCUAGAAAUCUGCCGCAACUGCAGCGCUGUACUCUGCUGUCGAAUGGCGCCUCUCCAGAAAGCACAGAUUGUGAAGCUGAUCAAAGCCUCCGAGGAGCACCCGAUCACGUUGGCCAUUGGAGAUGGAGCUAAUGAUGUCAGCAUGAUCCUGGAGGCACAUGUUGGCAUUGGCAUCAUGGGUAAGGAGGGUCGUCAGGCAGUAAGGAACAGUGACUACGCCAUCCCGAAGUUCAAACACCUCAAGAAAAUGCUGCUAGUCCACGGACACUAUUACUACAUACGCAUCUCUGAACUUGUGCAAUACUUCUUCUACAAGAAUGUAUGUUUCAUCUUCCCCCAGUUCCUCUACCAGUUUUUCUGUGGCUUCUCACAACAGCCGCUGUAUGAUACAGCCUACUUGACUCUGUACAACAUCAGCUUUACCUCGCUGCCCAUUCUGCUCUACAGUCUCAUAGAGCAGCACAUUAACAUGGACAUCUUGAAGAAGGACCCCUCUCUGUAUAGAGAUAUUGCUAAGAAUUCCUUGUUGCGGUGGCCAAUCUUCAUAUAUUGGACCAUGCUGGGUGUAUAUGACGCCAUUGUGAUGUUCUUUGGUGCUUACUUCCUGUUUGACAACACCACCUUCACCAGCAACGGACAGAUGUUUGGAAACUGGACAUUUGGGACGCUGGUCUUUACUGUGCUAGUCUUCACUGUUACGUUUAAGCUGGCUCUAGAUACACAUUACUGGACGUGGAUCAACCAUUUUGUCAUCUGGGGCUCGCUGAUUUUCUUUGUGGUCUUCUCUCUGCUCUGGGGUGGAAUCAUCUGGCCCUUCCUCAACUACCAGAGGAUGUACUAUGUGUUCAUGCAGAUGUUGUCCAGCGGUCCAGCCUGGCUGAGCAUAAUCCUUCUGAUCACAACCAGUCUGCUGCCAGAUGUGGUGAAGAAGGUCAUCUGUAGGGCGCUGUGGCCAACCACUACUGAACGCAUACAGACUAAGCGUCGCUGCCUUGCCUCAGAGCCUUCCACCAUCUUUAUGCUGUCUCAGACCUCCAGCAGAAUCAGUUUCUAA